AUGUCAAACGUCGGAUAUCCUUCUACUUAUGAGGAUGGAGAUCAGCGCCAUUACAGCAAAGAAGCUAUUCGUCAAGAGGGUCGCGACCAUGGCAUCAACACUGAGGGAUACCUCAAUAAAGACAAGAUCAUGAACGAACUCCAGGAGAGUGACACAAAAAGAGAGAUGGACGAUCGCAUGAAGCAUGAGCCUGGCUUCGCAGCCACCAUGCAUGGUAACAAGCCCUCACGAGGCGCCGAAAUUGACGCGGAACUUGCACAAGAAGAUGCCGAACAGAUGGCAAAGAAGAGAGAGAAGACUGACAGCAUGCCGGGAAAAAAGAAUGAGGACCACACUGAGAAGAGUGAGUGGAAACAACAGAUAGACAGGGAGGAAAAGGAAGCUCAAGCUCAACAUCGUGACAAGGGAAGGAACACACAUGAAGGUCAGGGUAUGGAGUAUGUAACUCGAAAGACGCAUAGCAGCCGAGAGUGA